AUCCCUAGGUGAAAGCGAACAGGGCAAACAGUGACAAUUUGAUUUUUAACAUAUAAACAAACGCUCUAUAAACUAAUUGUUGUGUACAAUUGUGUAUUUUUUAUAAUAAAAAAAAAUAUUACGAAGAUAAAAGAAAUUAAAUAAUGAAAGCAGCACCUCAUCAACGUUUGGUGAUGGCAGGUGAUCGUGAUGGGUUGAAAGAAUUACUACGAAGACGUCUUGUUGAGUGUGGUUGGAGAGAUGAGGUUAAAAUAAUUUGCAAAGAUUUAUUGAAAGAAAAUUGUCAUGAUGUUACUUACGACAAAUUAUUGGCAACAGUUACAACAAGAGCCAGAACACUUGUACCAGAUUCAGUUAAAAAAGAACUUCUUCAAAAAAUUAAAAGUCAACUACUUGCACAAGAAGAAAAACUCAAAUGAUGUCUAAUUAAUUUUAUAUUUAAUAAUUAAAAAAAUCAUUAUAAACAAGUGUAUAUAUAUUUAUCAAUCAUAAUUAAAUUCAAUUCAUAAAACAAUA